GAGCAUUUUCUGAGUACUUAAGUUAAUGGCAAAUAAUAUAAGAAAUUCUGCAGAAAUCUCUGUUAUAAAAUGGAUACUACAGGUCAUGAUUUACAAUAUUUUAUAAUUUCCAUUACAUUCAAUAGUAAAUCCUCUUUUUAUGAAAAUCAUACUUCUGUGAAACAGUUUGCUUGAUCAAGUUAUAAUUUCCUAUGCAAGUUUAACACUUUGCAAACUAGUUUAAAUACAGUAAACUUCAGCAGUGUUUUAUGUAUGCACUUUGCAGAUGUGACUCAUUCAACACCUUUUAGAAAGUAUCAUAAUGUAACUUGAAUUAAUAUUAUUAUUAGGAUAAGAUCUAUUAAAUAAUAAUAUCACAGUGAUAAUUGAAUAUUCAUUAUUGUAACAGCUGAUUAUAGUGAGAGUGCAAGCUUUUAUAUUUAUAAAUUACAUGAUUACUGGCAAAAUUUUGUGCAAUUGAAUAGAAUAUUAAACGAAAAUAAUGAUUUUAUUAUCUAUUCUUUAUCCUUUAUACAUUUUAAAAACUCAGCUCAGACUGUAAUAAUGUGUUAUUUCUCAUCAUACAAGUUUUAGAAUUUAUAAGAAAGAGAAAAAUUUUUUAAAUAUUUUUCUCUUUUACAAAUAACCAAAUUACUUCCUGAUAAAUGAUUUCCAUUGCAGAAACACUAAAUUGGACAACUUUUAAUUACGAUCAACUAGUAUAUCAUUUUCAGCUUGAAUGACUUAAUGCAUCCAAGUCUUCAACUUUUUUUGUUAACAAUUCUCAGAAGAGUAGUUUUGCUUCUAUAAAUUAUCCAACAGCGUUUAUAAAUUUCUCUAUGCUAUUAUAUUAAGAUAGCGAAGACUAAGUUCUCUCUUAUUUUUGAUAUAUCAAUGUCACAAUUUUAUAAAGAUAUUUAAUAAUUAUGGUUGUUAAAAUAAUUAAAAAUAUAUACAAAAAAUGAAUAUUGAUUACUUUUAGUACUUUUUAAAACAACAAUCUCCUCCUUGGAAAUUUAAUUAAAGGUAUUAAACACAAGUGGGAAAGAAUACAACUUAUUUGUAUGAACAUACAGUUCCUUCAAAGCUGUAAUUAUUUAAAAUUGUAAAUAUUGAGUGACUGUAAUUAAAAUAUCUCCAUCAGCGAUGUCUAGAGAGAUAUUUACCAUACUCUCUGUAGACAUCGUUGAUAGGAAAGGAUUACUUAACAGUCCAUCCAAAUGCAACCAAAUCUGGAAAAAUUAGUACCAAAAUUUACUAAUCUGGCACUUUUGGCACUGUAAGCCACAAACAUUUUAUUUGUACAAGACACUCAUGCUAUAUAAAGACCUUAGCAAUACAGACAAGCUUAGGCAUGAGGUACUGCUUAGAAAUACAAUGGCUUUGAGGCACCAACAUCGUAAAAAGUUUUGUAAAUUUAAUUUUUUGUAAGAUUUUUUAAAUAUGUCAAUUACAACAUGCCAGUUUUGUAAAAUUUAUAAAGCUUAAAUAUUUAAAAUAAAAAAAAUGAUCAUGCUCUAGGGGGUGCCAUAUCCCCCUGAGCGAGCCCUGGAUACAGGGUUACUGCUCAAUAUGAAGGUGUAAAACCUGAAGGCAAUAGUAUGAAAGUCAAUAACCCACUAUACACUAUGAUACUUCUCACAUCAGUUUGAUACUGUUUUUCAAGACUGCCAAAUUUGUAACAUGUCCUCAAUAAAAUAUACUUUUUAAGAUCUAGAAAUCAGAUUUAAAGCACCAUAGGGGUGAAUUUGGUGCUAAUUUUUUUAUGGAAAUACCAUUUGCAUGUCCUGAAAUGUUUAUUGGGUUGCAUGUUAGAGACAGUAUUGAAUUGAAGUACUACUUUAAUUAUGAUCAGCCAAUAUAUGAAAAUCAUAAAUAGAUUUCUUAAUUUACAAUCUGUGCUGAACAUUUUUAAAAUGGUUGUACAAAUUUAAAGUUUUAAAUUAUUAUUAUUAUUAUUGCUGUUAUAAUUGCUUGUUAAUAAAUUUUCUUAUCAAAUUUCCUUUAUAGACUUUAUGUCUGCAUCUGAUAAUUUGAUUCCUGAAAAGAACAUGUUGUGUAGACAAUGAUGUAAACUUAAUAUAACAGAUUUUUUUUAUUUCCUGUAUGAGAUGGUUCGAUAUAUUAAAGAGCAUGAUGAUAUCUUUAAAAAAAAUAUUGACAUAAUAUGCAAUAUAUUUUGAGAGAACUUAAGCUGUAUAUGUUUCUUGCUUGACAAAAAGAAGUGACAUGCAAUAAUUAUGAAGAAUGUGUAUAUACUUAGAUCUGUCAGAUUUUUUUAAAUUGCAAGGAACUAACUGUAAUGAAUAAUUAAAAUGCUUUAUCUGAGUUAAAAUGCAUAAAGUUCCUGCAUGAUUCAAGCAUCACAGCUUCUUUCCAAUAGAAAAAGCAUGCAAAAUCAAAAAUUAUUUUAACAGCCAAUAGUAAAAAAUUUUUAAUUUGAACAGUUUCAUUUUACAGAAUGACUAAGAACAACUUAAAGUUUUAAAUGGUUUUAAAUUAUUUCUGGAAAAAAAUUGUUGUAUAGUCAUUUCUGGCUUGAAACAAUUUAAAUAUGAAUUUUUCUGCACAUUUAAAUAAUACAUGCUGACACAAAUUUUGUAUUACAUUUUGUUCAAAAUUGCUCUAGAGUUUACAUUUAAGCUGAAAAAAAAUCAUUUUAACUAUUCAUAAUGGUCUAGAUUCUAUUCUUUGAAGAUAUAACAGAAUACCUAUAGACAGUACCAUAAAUAACUUUUCAUGUGCCCCUUGCACAAUUUUCAUUUUUAACUUUGACUAAAAAUGUUAUGGAAUCAGCUCCACAAACACAAAAUUUAAAAUUUGAAAAUGAAAAUAUAAUACUGAUAAAUUUUUUGCAUCCCAUUUCAGGACUCUCUUUGUUCUGGGCCCUGUUCCUCUGCAUCUGUACACCUGCCUAUGGUGCUUCAGUAGAAUUUAUAUAAUUGUAGACUUUUGUAGAAUAAGAAUAGAGACUUGUUUAUUAGUCUCCAUAUAUAAAGGAAAAUAGUUCCCUAUUUGUUAUGAAGUAGAACAUUUAUUAGAAAAUUUACAUUUGAACUGUAUAAUCUAUUUGAAAUUUCUGACAUUUUUUGGGAAAAUUUAAGAUUAUAAGAAAAAAAAAUGUCAGAUAACAGAUGAUGGAAUGUUUGAAUUUUCUAAUGUUUUAUUCUGUUUUGUUUUAUUGCUUACUGCUGCUAUAGCUUUGUUGCAGAGUGAUAUACAAUUAAGAUCCAGCACAUUAACACAAGCUGUUUUAAAUGUACUAGGCAUGUGCCUAGGUAGGGCCUGAGAAACAAGUGGACCUGCAGCCUGGGAAGAUAAAAUUAAUUACGAACCUAUCUGUAUUGAUGUAGGGGCCAUGCUUUGUGAUCCUCAGAUGCGCGGCAUCAAACGAAAGUUUGACCAAGAUGAAGAUUCUGAGGCUGAAACACAAGAAAACCAUCCUACUGUACAAAGGCAGUCAAUUUUUAAUAUUAGUGUCUGUAAGCUCAACAGAUUCCGUCAGAUGCCCGAUCCCGACUUGCUGAGGUCUGUGCUCAUUCGAAACACAAUUCGUUGCAUUGAAAAAGAAAUGGAGAAAGAUGGAGUUAAGUUUACGUAUGGCCCUAGUAGUUCCUUGUUUCUUCCGCCCAUCUCUCUUAAUUCCCCUUUGGGUAUGCUGAAUGGAGUACCCGAAGGAGGUGGCAGUCAGGGAACUGUUUCAGUAACUCAUGAUUGCAAUGCGUACAACAAAUGCACAUCCUCUCUCAUCCUGCCCUCGGUUAUGUCUAUGAGCAUGGUUACGGAAAAUAAUUACAAUAGCAACAAUAGUAAUCCUUAUUGUUCAGACUAUGAUCGUUACCUAGUGAAUGUAGACUCGUCAUCUGGUAGGAUGACACCAUUUGUGAGAACUUUGUAUGACCGCGUUGAUUCUGGUGCCUCCUGGAAUGAAGAAGGUGACAGAUUAACGAGUUUGAACUGGAGUUCAGUGCUGAAUUUUAAUUCGUCUGCAAAUAAUGUCAUAAACAACGGUUCGGGUGUAACUUACAACGGGACUCAAACAUCCGAAAAUCAAUUUGAUACUGGCCAUAACGGUUGUUUUUCGGGAGAUCCAAUAUUGAAUCAAGAGACAUUGCACACCCUUACUCCUCUUCCUACAACAGCUAUAUCAGUCAAUGCACAGAAUCAGAGUGCAAACCCUAUUUCUGUUCCUGUUUCUGGCAGUACAAGUCCUACUUCUGGUAGCUUGUCAUCAUCAGGGAAUAGUGAAGACGAAAUAUUCGGAGAUAUCGACCUAUCCUUAUAUGACUUUGAUUUAUUAUCUCCGCUUUCGCCACCCAGCGUAAAAAUGGCUCCCGUGAGUGCGGAAGAAUUGAUGAGGUCACUUUCUUCUAAUACAUCCGAUUCCAUCCAAUCAUGUCAGACUGGUAACUACUAUAAAAGUGAUUAUUUUAGUGAGGAAAGAGAACACGUGACACCAGUUAUGUCCUGACUGCUCUUUUUGUAAUGCAAAAAACAAAAAUUUAUAUUAUACUAGACUUAAGUGGUCAUCUGACUGAAACUCCAGUCAAUUGUCUCAGGUGAUGACAGUAUCAGAAAUGCCCAACUUCACAACUUUUACAACGGUUGUGAAACACACUUUCUCACAUCAACGCAACCAUAAAUAUAUAAAUAAAAAAUCAUUUUCAUAAAAAUUUGUUAUUUGAAAACUGAAAAAAAUUGUGAUAUCAUCCAUUUUUAAGACUAAAGGUAUUUUUAAUCCUUUGAAACAAGUUAACUGUUUGAAAUAUAUUUAAAACCACCACAUAAAAAAUGAAAAUAAUAAUGAAAAGAAAAAAAAACACUAAUGUUAUUCAAUACAGAUGAGUUACUGACAGGAAUUGAAGUUUCAUAAUUUAAGAUGUUCAGCCGUUUAUUUAUUAUAUAUUCAUUUGGAUUUUCUCAUUGAAAAAGAAGCAUUUUUUUCUUUUCUUUUGGCAUUUUUAAACUUAAAAGGAAAACAAAAAAUUUAAUAUAAAUUUUCAAAGAGACGAGUCUAUUUUCUUGAAGAAUCUAUUUAAAAUUAUUAAAAUUAAAAAUAAAUAAAUAAAAUGUAAUAUAUAAUGUAAUAAUAGGAGACUUGUUUAUAUGAUAUUUGAGAAGUAAAACUAUUUGCAAAAAUUUCGACUGUCGAUGGGUCUGCUGUCAAAUAUGUCGGUAAAUAUCAGAUAAGGCUAAUGGGACCAAUAGAAAACAAUCCUUACACAAACAUUUUGUUAUUUAUGUUUUCCUCGAAAUAAAUACAUAUAUCUUCAAGGAUUAUGGUCUUAAAUUCCAAUGUCAGAAGUUAUAAAAAAUUUUUGGCCAUCUUCAAAGUACCUGUUUGCUUCGACUUGUUGGAAGCAAGCUGCACAAUUUCCUGCUCUACCUAUCACUGGUUUUCUAUUACUAUUUUUAAAAAUGCUCUGUUAAUGUGCAUCUCUAGCACAAAACCAUAGGAGUUGAUAUCUAUGAAACAAAUCAUUCUUUCUGAUGUAUGUGUGAUUCGAUGGAAAAGAUAAAUUUCUUAAGUUUUUCCAGUUAAAUAAAAAAAUAGCUCAUGACAUGUCUGCAAGAGAAAGCAGGCUCUCGCUGCCUAUUUAGUGCAAUUACUAAAUCCAACGAAGAUUAUUCCGAAGCAACUGACGAGCUUCUGUUAAAAGUUAUAUCACAGAGUGGAAUGCAGUAUUGCAAUACUUAAAAAUGAGCCAAAGAAGUCAACCAAAAUGGCAAUGAUGUGUAAAAUGUACAUAAUGACAACUGUUUGUGAGUCUAGUGGAAUUGUAUAUUUAUUUUAUAGUAGCAUACUAUUAACAAUUGGGUUCAUACUGUCAUGCAACAAACUAGUGUCAGCAAAUGUGUUGCCGAUAAUUGAAAGGACAAAAGAUCAUAUUAAUCUUUCAUGAGAACACUAAUCUUAUUUGAACUAGUUAGUUUCAGAAUAUGAUAUAUCCAUAAAUUGUACAUAUACAUCUUGUAUACUGUACAUAUUCAACAUCAAACAGCAGGAUUCCCCCUUUAUUGUAUUUCUUUAAACAUAUAGGCAAAUGUCUACCAUUACAUUAGCAAAGUUAACUAUUUUGUUAUGGUGCUGUCCCAAUUUGCACAGAAUUGAUAAAGUUUUUAAACAAAAAAAAAAAAAUGCAGUCAGUGUCUGUCAAGGUCAACACUGUGCAGCAAUGUACUUGUAUAAUCAUUAUUAAUGUCCAAGCAUACACCUCCUGUGCUGAAUUCAGUUGUCAAAAAUCCCAUAAUUAAAAAUUCUGAAGGAAAUCUUCUAAGUUUAAAAAAAUAUUUUCAAAGUAAUAGAUGAUUUUAAUUUUCUUAAUUUUACAUUUAAUGGAAGGAUAUUUAAUUAAAAAAUUAAUAAAAACUAAUUAUGUUGAUAGAAAACAUUGACAGAAAGUACAGAACAGAUUUAGUUUUAAUAGAACUCAGCUAGCGAAAUUUCUUUGAUCUCCAAAAAAAAAAA